AUGACCUGGAUAAUUUGGCUGAGGAAACUUCUCAUGAUGAUGUGGCUACCUGUGGUGUGCUUACCUGGUUUCCAGGAGCCAAGGACAACAGGAUUCAAAAUAAUAUUCUGUGGGGUGACCUCUCAACAGAGGAGGCUGAUCUGUCUGCCCUCUGGUUUCCCAGAAGAUCAUAAUCAUGCUGCAGUUGAAAUUGUGCUUCAAGUUUGCAUCAUAGAAGAUCAGAAGAAUCAGCCUGGCAGCUUCAUUCUCAGUAGAUGGCCAAGAAUGAGAAGAAAUGAAGAGAGCAAUGGCAAAUCAUCUUAG